GUCUUUAACUCUCUCUUUCUAAUCACUCCUUGCUCUUGAUGGCAAAAGAUGCACAAGCAAGAUCAGGAACAAACAGUACCAAAUUCUCAAAGGUUCCGCCAUGAUUGGUGGACGGCUUCGAUGAGACAAGCCAGAAAAAGGACCUGGCUUUGAUCUCUUUCUCUCUCUCUCUCCCUUCUGCUUCUUUCUUACUGUCACGAAAAGAAAAGAAUGAUGCUCACAAUCGCUUCUGCGAGAGAUAGGCAGGCCAAAUAAGCAAUUAACCUCCUCCUUUGGCCAACAUUUCUUUAUCAGCUAAGAUUUGUCAGAUUCUUUUCUUUUUCUCUUCUCUCACUUUAACGGAAAUGUUCCUUCUCCUCCUCUAUCACCUCUUUCAGGGCCCAUCAUAGCGUCGAUUAUUCGAAAAUGUAUAGGGCUGGUUAACCGAUGAGCCGCGCCGUGCCUCGGCGGUUUUCUAUAUAAUGGCAAGAGACAUUGGGAGAAUGAAUGACAAAAGCUUGCGGGAAUUUUGAGUCUUUUGAAAUCUAAUGGAUUCAAGCCCUGCCUUGAAGACGACGGAGCCGGUCCCUGACAGCAUGCCCGAGGCGCCCAGCCAGAGCCGGUACCACAUGAAGAGGUGCUUCGCCAAGUACAUGGAAAAGGGGAGGAGGAUAAUGAAACUCCACCACUUAAUGGAUGAAUUGGAAAGCGCCAUAGACGCCAAGACGGAGAGGGAGCGCAUCCUGGGCAGCGAUCUCGGGUACAUCCUAUGUUACACUCAGGAAGCCCUUGUCGUCCCUCCACACAUGGCUUUCGCCGUGAGACGGAGUCCUGGAAACUGGGAAUAUGUCAAAGUCAGUUCUGACUCUCUGUCCGUGGAAGGCAUGAGUGCCGCUGAUUACUUGAAGUUCAAGGAAAUGAUAUACGAUGAAGAAUGGGCAAAAGAUGAGAAUGCCCUGGAAGUGGACUUCGGAGCUCUUGACUUUUCCGUUCCGCACCUGACCUUAUAUUCAUCUAUUGGGAACGGAGUCGAUUUCAUCUCAAAGUACCUCUCCUCAAAGCUGAGCGGAACACCGGACAGCGCACAACCCCUUGUGGAUUUCCUAGCAUCCAUCAAUUAUCAAGGAGAAAAUCUCAUGAUAAAUGAAACACUUGACACUGCACCCAAGCUUCAGAUGGCCCUGAUUGUAGCUGAAGCAUCCCUUGCAUCAGUCCCAAAAGACACCCCAUUCCAAGACUUUGAGAUGAGGUUCAAGGAGUGGGGCCUCGAGAAAGGAUGGGGCGAUACUGCAGAGAAAGUCAAGGACACGAUGAGAUGGCUCUCGGAAGUGCUACAAGCGCCAGAUCCAACGAACAUGGAGAAGUUCUUUAGUAGGCUUCCAAUGAUAUUCAAUGUUGUGAUAUUUUCCCCCCAUGGUUAUUUUGGCCAGUCAGAUGUGCUCGGCUUGCCAGAUACCGGUGGACAGGUGGUUUAUAUUUUAGAUCAAGUGAGGGCCCUGGAAGAGGAGUUGCUCCUCAGGAUUAAGGAACAGGGGAUUAAUGCAAAGCCACAGAUACUCGUGGUCACACGACUUAUCCCCGAUGCUCGUGGAACAAAAUGCAACCAGGAGUUGGAACCGAUCAUUGGGACAAAGCAUUCCAACAUUCUUAGGGUUCCAUUUAGGACCGAGAAGGGGGUGCUUCGACAGUGGGUUUCUCGUUUUGACAUAUAUCCAUACCUUGAGAGAUUUACCCAGGAAGCAACCAUUAAGAUACUGGAUCAAUUGGAAGGAAAACCGGAUCUCAUAAUUGGAAACUACAGUGAUGGGAAUUUAGUAGCGUCACUUAUGGCUAGUAAACUCGGGACAACUCAGGGAACAAUUGCGCAUGCUGAGAAGACUAAGUACGAACAUUCCGAUGUCAAGUGGAAGGAGCUAGACCCAAAGUAUCACUUCUCGUGCCAAUUCAUUGCUGACACAAUAGCGAUGAACGCAACAGAUUUCAUCAUAACAAGUACAUUCCAGGAGAUCGCUGGAAGCGACCAUAGACCUGGGCAAUAUGAGAGUCACGCAGCAUUCACACUCCCAGGGCUCUGCAGAGUUGUUUCAGGCAUCAAUGUUUUCGAUCCUAAAUUCAAUAUUGCUGCACCCGGUGCUGAUCAAUCUGUUUAUUUCCCUUACUCGGAGAAACAGAAACGACUCACACAAUUAAAUCGUGCAAUCGAGGAGCUACUGUACAGCCGUGUGGACAAUGAUGAGCACAUUGGUUAUCUCGCAGACAAGAAGAAACCCAUCAUCUUCUCUAUGGCAAGACUUGACACAGAAAACAUUACCGGUUUAGUAGAGUGGUAUGGGAAGAAUGCAAGGCUCAGGAGUUUGGUUAACUUAGUCAUUGUUGGGGGCUUCUUUGAUUCUUCCAAGUCCAAAGAUAGAGAAGAAAUGGCUGAAAUAAAAAAGAUGCAUGAUUUGAUAGCGAAGUACAAACUCAAGGAUCAGAUCCGAUGGAUAGCUGCGCAGACUGAUCGGUACCGAAAUGGAGAACUCUACCGAUGGAUCGCAGAUACAAGGGGAGCUUUUGUGCAGCCUGCUCUCUAUGAAGCAUUCGGCCUGACCGUAAUUGAGGCAAUGAACUGUGGGUUGCCCACAAUUGCCACUAAUCAAGGCGGCCCGGCUGAGAUCAUUGUUGAUGGAGUGUCUGGAUUCCACAUUGACCCCAAUCAUGGGGAAGAGUCCAGCAACAAAAUUGCUGAUUUCUUUGAGAAGUGUAAGGUGGACAACGAGUAUUGGAACAAGAUAUCUGCAGGGGGCUUGAAACGCAUUAAUGAGUGCUACACCUGGAAAAUCUAUGCAAACAAGAUGUUGAACAUGGGAUGCAUCUACCUUUGGAGGCAACUGAACAAAGAACAGAAGCAAGCAAAGCAGAGAUAUAUCCAGAUGUUCUAUAGCCUUCAACUCAGGAACUCGAUGAAGACUGUUCCCAUCAAAACUGAUGAACCUGAACAAGCAGCACCAAAGCCGCCACCAAAAGUACAGCCCACGAUGAGCACAAGGAGGACGCAGUCACGGAUACAUAAAUAAGGAUUCAGUGGCCCUACAGCUACCAUUUAAAAUAAAAUUCAGUCAGCGAUGGCGCAAGCAACAUCACUUUGAAACUGAAUUGCACUUUACUUUUCAGAAUGCUGGGAACCUAGAGGAAUAAAAUAAAUGAGGAAGACAUUGAUUCAAACUGCAGGCAAUCCUCCGCAAUUUAGAGCUUGACUGUGCAUUGUCUAGCUGCUUAAAAUAUAAUCCAAUAUGCGUGGAGCAGCAAAAUGUAAUAAUAUGAAACUAAGAAUGGAAUAAUACAAUGGGCAUUCUUUACUACC